AUGAAAGACUUCCCUUCUUGUUUUGGUGAAAAUGGUGUUCAAGUGGCAGAAGCUUCUCCUUCAUCAGGUGAUCCCAUCACUCCAACUACUACUACUAGAAUUGCACAAAAUCUUGUGACUUGUGUCUACCAAUGCAGAAUGCUUAAUUCAUCUUGCUUCAUUAUCACCAUCACUUGGACCAAAAGCUUAAUGGGUCAAAGUCUUUCUGUUCGAAUUGAUGAUUCAGACCAUCAUUCUCUCUGUAAACUAGACAUUAAGCCAUGGUUGUUCUCCAAAAGAAGAGGGUUUAGAAAUCUUGAAGUGGGUUCUAAGUUGAUUGAUGUUUAUUGGGAUCUUUCGUACGCAAAGUUCGGUUCUUCGCCCGAACCGGUUGAAGGUUUCUAUUUCGCCAUUGCUAUGAACCAAGAACUGAUCUUGAUUUUAGGGGAUAUGGAGAAGGAUGUUCACAAGAAGAUGUAUGCAACUAGUUUGGCUCCAAACGGCGUUUUGAUUUCGAAAAGAGCACAUGUUUUUGGGAAGAAGGCGUAUUCGACACGGGCCCAGUUUUGUGGUAGAGGUCAAAUUCAUGAUAUCGUGGUUGAAUGUGAUACGAUGGGUGCGAAUGAUUCGUAUCUAUUGAUACGUAUAGAUGGUAACCCGGUGAUGCAAGUGAAGUGCCUGAGAUGGAAAUUUAGAGGAAAUUAUACCAUUUUGGUUGACGGUCUGCCAGUGGAGGUUUAUUGGGACGUUCAUAGUUGGCUAUUCGAGAAACUAAUGGGAAAUGCAGUGUUUUUGUUUCAGACGUGUCUUUCAUCAGAGAAACUAUGGUCGAGUGAGGAUCCAUCUUGGUUAAGUAAAGAUCGACACUCGGGUUUGGGGUUUUCUUUGGUGAUGUGUGCAUGGAAGAAUGAAUAG